AAAGCGUCAUUGGGGCAAAUUUGUUCAAAUGAUUACGAUUGUGGAGAUAUAAUACAUACAAUGUGCUCUAAUGAAAAGACGUGUGUGUGUAAGCCAAAUCAUGUUAUACAAAAUAAUGCUACUUGUGCACCAGUUUUGGGCGGAUUUUGUGAAAAUGAUAAUGCAUGUGCAAAUGAUGAUCUCAUUGAUAUAAAUUAUAAUUGUCAUUGUAAAGAUGACAAUUGACUUACAUUUGAUAAUAGAUGUAUACCAAGUAAAAAAAUUCAGUCCUUGAUAUUUUAUUUUUAAAUUAUUACUAAUCUUAUGUAAUUUAUGUUAAUUGAUAUGUGAUGUUUGUAGAAUUAUUGGGAACGACUUGUAGCAAUGAUGAUGAUUGUAAAGAUUUACUGCAUAUGAAAUGCUCAGAAAAUAAAAUAUGUACUUGUAGACCACAUCAUGUUAUAAAAAAUAACGCUACAUGUGCAUCACUUUUGGGAGGAUAUUGUCAGCAUGACGAACAAUGUGGAGCAGAUAAUUCUGUUUGCAUUGAUAAUAAAUGUCAAUGCAAAGCUCAUUUGAAAUCUAUAUCAAUUGACAAAUGUGUACCAACAAAGCUCGGAAAGUUCUGUUUGGAUAUACUUGAUUGUGAAGAUGUCUUGCAUUUAUCCUGUUCAGACAAUCAUCAAUGUGAAUGCAAAAAAAAUCACAUCAUAGUGAAUAACUCCACGUGUUUGCCACUUCUAGAUGAAUACUGUUGGUUUUAUGAAAAGUGUGCACCCGAAAAUUCUGUUUGUUCAUUCAAUACCUGUCAAUGCAAACCUAAUUACUUACAGAGAUCAAACAAUCAAUGCAUACCAAGUAAUUAAAUAAUUUAUUUAUUAAAUUGAUGAUUUUAUUGAAUUAAUUAUAAUUCAAAAUAAGAGCGAUCCUUCGGUUUUAACAUUAAAAAAAUUUAUUCUCUUAAUGUAGCAAAAUUAGGACAAUCAUGCGAAUCUAAUGAUGACUGCCAAGAAAUUUUGCAUGCUGAAUGUUUGGAAAAUAAAAUAUGUGCUUGUAGGAAAAAUAAUAUAAUUUUAGAAAAUUCAAAAUGUGUACCAGUAAUAGGUGGAUUUUGUGAUGAUAAUAAUUUAUGUUUUCCCAGAAAUUCUGUUUGUAUAAAUAACCAGUGCCAAUACAGAGAAGGCUAAUUUAAGGACAUAGAACCGGCCAAUACAUUCUAAAUGGGCAUAAUUUGCAUUAAAAAAACUAAUUACUGUUCAAAAUUUAACCAUCUUCAUUUUUCAGUCUAAAAAUUAUAACUGAUACAUCAAACUCGUGUUGUAGAUGAUAAAAAAAAAUAAUAAAAUAAAAGACCUAGUACUCGAUCAGGGAACUACACGCAGAGAAAUUUUCAGUAAAAAUGACCCAAAAAAUGUGAUGCUAUGAGGACAUGUAGAAAAUAUCUAAAUUUUUCCUAUGCACAUUGUAAAAUAUACUGCUCGAUAGCAUAUAAAUGAAGUGCAAUUUCAACUAACAACAUAGUAAACAUUUAGCUUUGGCUAGAUGUCAAAAAUUAUUUGCGUGUAGUACUCGAUCACUCCAUGUAUUUAUAAAUCUAUAUUUAGUAAAUUUUUGUAAAUAUAGAUAUAUAAAAUACAUGAGUGAUCAGGUACUAGUUCCCUGAUCGGGUACUAGUUAUUUUACAUUACCAAUAGCCAAAAUUAUUUUAUGAUGAUAAAAAACGAUUUUUGUGUAAUUGGAAAUUAUGAGUUGAUAAAACAUAAAUAAAUUAUCGAAAAGCUCGACAAUAACUGUUUAAUAUUUUUGCAAACCUCGGACGCGAUAGCAGUAGAGGUUGUGCUCUAUAAUCGACUUUUAAGCCCGGUCCGGUAGUGGGCCUUCCAUAAUUACUCAUUUUUUUCGAUUUUUGAAAAUUGAAAGAAUUGUUUUUUCCCUAUAAAUUAUUAUUAGUACCGAUUUUUGACA